ACUCCUGAGCCCUGUCGGGGUUGGAGUCCCCUCUUCUCGGCAGCGGGUUCGUCCUCUCCGCCGCGGCCUCCCUCAGGGGAGAGGGACUACAAUUCCCAGAAUGCACCUCGCUCGCCCUAGGCCGGCCCUCCCCAUGCGGGAGGGCGCGGAGCCCGGCUCUGCCCAACUCAAGAUGGCGGACGACAGUGAGCCAGCAGUGAAGCCGCCGCCGGCUGCCCCGCCGCAGCCGAUGGAAGGGAACGGGAACGGCCAUGAGCACUGCAGCGACUGCGAGAACGAGGAGGAGAACGGCUACAACCGCGGCGGUUCCAGUCCGGCAACGACAGCGGAGCCAAAAAGAGAAAAGGAAACAGAAACGGAAGAAAGAGAAAAGCAACGAGCCCCCGGAUUCCGCCCAGGACCAGCCCGUGAAGGUGAACUCCCUGCCCGCGGAGAGAAUCCAGGAGAUCCAGAAAGCCAUCCGAGGCUGUUCUCGGUCGCAGGACCGCCAAGACCAUGGAGGAGGGCCAGCUAAGCGGAGCUACCAGUUCUGGGACACUCAGCCCGUGCCCAAGCUCGGCGAGCUGGUCAGCACCCACGGCCCCGUGGAGCCCGACAAGGAGAACAUCCGCCGGGAGCCCUACACCUUGCCCCAGGGCUUCACCUGGGACGCGCUGGACCUGGGCGACCGGGCGGUGCUGAAGGAGCUGUACACGCUCCUGAACGAGAACUACGUGGAGGACGACGACAACAUGUUCCGCUUCGACUACUCGCCCGAGUUCCUCUUGUGGGCCCUGCGCCCCCCCGGCUGGCUCCCCCAGUGGCACUGCGGGGUCCGGGUCGUGUCCAGCAAGAAGCUGGUGGGGUUCAUCAGCGCCAUCCCCGCCAGCAUCCACAUCUACAACACGGAGAAGAGAAUGGUGGAGAUCAACUUCCUCUGCGUCCACAAGAAACUGCGUUCCAAGAGGGUGGCGCCGGUGCUGAUCCGGGAGAUAACCCGGCGGGUCCACCUGGAGGGGAUCUUCCAAGCCGUUUACACGGCCGGCGUGGUGCUGCCCAAGCCCGUCGGCACCUGCAGGUAUUGGCACCGCUCCCUGAACCCGCGGAAGCUGAUCGAGGUCAAGUUCUCCCACCUGAGCCGCAACAUGACCAUGCAGCGCACCAUGAAGCUGUACCGGCUGCCCGAGACCCCCAAGACGGCCGGACUGCGCCCCAUGGAGCACAGAGACAUCCCGGUGGUGCACAGGCUCCUGGGGCAGUACCUGAAACAGUUCCACCUGACCCCCGUCAUGAGCCGGGACGAGGUGGAGCACUGGUUCUUCCCUCAGGAGAACAUCAUCGACACCUUUGUCGUCGAGAACGCGAACGGCGAAGUGACGGACUUCCUGAGCUUCUACACGCUGCCCUCCACCAUCAUGAACCACCCGACGCACAAAAGCCUGAAAGCUGCUUACUCCUUCUACAACGUGCACACCCAGACCCCGCUCCUAGACCUCAUGGGCGACGCCCUCGUCCUCGCCAAAGCGAAAGGUUUCGACGUGUUCAAUGCACUGGAUCUCAUGGAAAACAAAACCUUCUUGGAGAAGCUCAAGUUUGGAAUCGGAGACGGAAACCUGCAGUAUUAUCUCUACAAUUGGAAGUGCCCCAGCAUGGGAGCGGAGAAGGUCGGACUGGUGUUGCAGUAACCGGUCUCCGGUGAGGAUCGAGCGGAACCUCCGAGAGCACAGACCGGGAGAGGGAAUCCCGGCGCGGGUUGGUCCAGUUCCCACCGGGGCGAGACCCUCCGCAGGACCCCGACCGACCCAGCCAAGCCGACCAGCUCCGUUCUCCCGACGGAACCCCCCGGCGCCUCAGCUUCCCGGGGAGAGUCGCCCUAGCACGGCCGCCGCCGAGGGGACGUCCUGUCGAAAGCUAGCUCACGAUUGGCAUAUUGUGGAGUUAACGGGUGAAUAAUAAAAAUAUAUAUUAUAUAUAUAUAUAUAUAUAUA